AUGGCGGAAACAUCUAUCACCACGCUCUGGCCGUGGAAGGUGCGCGAGCUGGCGGAGAAGGAGAAAGAGGGAAGCGUGUUCCAGCUGCUGCGGCGGGACGUGACUCGCUUCCUCACCACCAUCCUCAUCGGCACCACCCUGGUGAACAUCUGGGCGACGGCUUUGGUCACAGACGCUGCUACAGCGCUCUUUGGGGAGGCAGGUGUCAGCGCUGCUACAGGCGUGAUGACGAUCCUGCUGCUCGUAUUCACGGAGAUCGCUCCCAAGUCCAUUGCCGUGCACAACGCCACACAAGUCGUCCGUGUCGUGCUGCGCCCAGUGGCGUGGCUGUCAGUGGUGCUCUACCCCGUGGGUCGCCUCUGCACCUAUGCCUCCACGGGCCUCUUCCGCCUCCUCGGCCUCAAGACCAGCGGGGAGCCGUUCGUGACAGAGGAGGAGCUGAAACUCAUGCUGAGGGGGGCGGAGAUGAGUGGCGCCAUUGAGGAGGAGGAGCAGGACAUGAUCGAAAAUGUACUGGAAAUCAAAGACACAUAUGUCCGUGAAGUCAUGACCCCUCUCGUGGAUGUGGUGGCGGUCAGUUCGUCCGCGUCGCUCAUGGAGCUGCGAGCGCUGUGGGUGCGUCACCAGUACUCACGCGUGCCUGUCUACGAACGGAGAGUGGACAACAUUGUGGGGAUCGCGUAUGCCAUGGACAUGCUCGACUAUGUGGAACAGCCGGAGCUGCUGCAUCGCUUGAGUGUGGGCAGGAUUGCGCAUCGGCCGGCAUACUUCGUCCCUGACUCCAUGUCGGUGUGGAACCUUCUGAGGGAGUUCCGCAUCCGUAAAGUGCACAUGGCCAUCGUGCUCAACGAAUACGGCGGCACCGUGGGGCUGGUGACACUGGAAGAUGCAGUCGAGGAAAUCGUGGGGGAGAUUUUUGACGAGAAUGACUCCAAGGAGGAGAUUCGGCGCAAGACGGGGUACAUCAUCCAGAGGGCGGAGGGCGUGUAUGAUGUGGACGCCAACACCACCGUCGAUGACCUUGCUGACAUUCUCCAAGUCGUCCUGCCGCCUAGAGCUUCCUUCUACGAGACGGUGUCUGGUUUCGUGUGUGAGGCGUUUGGAUACAUCCCACGCACUGCUAAUCUCCUCCCCAUGCGCCCGCGCCGCGCGCUCGCGUCUCUCCUGCGCGUCCUCGCAUCGCCCGCAAUUGCCGCUCGCCCGUCCACACUCGAGGCGCCACGACAAUUGGUCAGUGCAGCCGGAACGGAUUCCGGGACACGUGGCACUGCUACAGCAUGCCAGGUGGCGCUCGACGCGAAUCGUGUUUCGGAACGAGCGGGCAGCGCAAUUGCCACAGAAUUCGCGACUGAUGUUGCUGCCGCGGCGAGCGGAGCUGCCAGCAUGGUUUCUUAUAUCGAACCGUCUUGUAUUGAGGCGUCUCCGGUGCCCGCAUCUCAUGGUUGGCACCGCGCGGAGGAGAAGGCGCGCGGAUGGACUGUGAGCGGGGCGGAUGGGGCAGGAUCGGCGGAGAAGGCGCGCGGAUGGACGGUGGCAGUGGAGGGAAACAUAGGCGUGGGGAAAUCAACGGUCCUGAGUGCUCUCGGCGAGCGAUUGAUAAGUGACGUGGCACUGCGGAAAGCAGUCACGGGCGGUGCUGACGUGGCGCUGCUGCCCGAGCCGCUCCGUGAGUGGCGCAACGUGCGGGGGAGCGGGGCAAACGCGCUGGACGCGUUUUACAAGGACCCCAAGAGGUUCGCCUACACCUUUCAGAGUCUGGUUUUUAUCUCGCGUGCUUCUCAGUACGGCCGUGGCUUGCACCACCACCCCUUGGCUCUCCGCCUCUGCGAGCGAUCCCUCUUCUGCGACCGCCUUGUGUUUGCUCCGGCUGCAGUGGCGGGGGGGCUAUUCACGCCGCUAGAGGAAGCACUCUAUGACUCGUGGGUGGAUGCCGUGCUGCCCAUGCUGCCUGGCGUGUUCCCAAUGGCGUUCCGGCAAGGCGGAGCCGGCGAGUCGCGGGGAGGUCCGGGUCGGCCGGACGGCCCGCCGCGAAUAAAGGACGGCAGCUGGAUAUCUGCCGACGCUCGGAACCGGCCGACUGGUUGGGCAUCGCAGAUGGGGCGCGCGAAACGGCUGAAGCCGCGCAUGUGGAAGAGCGCGUUUGACGCGGAGGGGCGUCUGGUGCGCAUGCCGCAAGUGCUCAAGGCGAUUCUUGAAGGGGGAGUGGACAAGUCGAUACGAGGCGAGGUGUGGGAGUUCCUGCUCGGCUGCUUCUCCCUCGAGUCCACCGCGGAGGAGAGGAACUACGUGCGCGAGGCCAGGAGGGAGCGCUAUCAGCAGCUGCUGCUGCAGUGCCAGCAGAUGCACAGCAACGUGGGCUCGGGCCACCUGGCUUUUGCUGUGGGAACGCGCAUAAUGGACGUGCGCAUUAUCCACCCUGGAAACACCCCGGGUAACUCGGGAACCGCCCCUGGAAGCAGCACCGCCAACAUCCCAUCCCCAGCUACCACAUCCCCUAGCGGGGAAGCAGGGGGGAGCGGAGGGGGAGGAAGAGCGGGCGGGGGAAGCAGCAGCAGGAGCAACACUCCCCCCGAUCGAAGCGUGCUAGGGGGAGCAGGGGCUAGGAGUUCCGCCAGUGGGGGAAGCAGUGACCUGCGAUAUCCCCCUUCAAGACAGUACUCUGAGAGAGGCUCUGCUGGGAGUUCUACUCAGCUUAGACUGGAUCAGCUUAUAGAGGAGGGUGGGCCUAGACUUAGCUCCUUCUCCUCGUUCUCUUUCAGUUGCGAUGUGGAUAUGUUUGAUUUGGAUGACCCGAGAGGGCUGUUUGUACGGCCGGGAGGGGAAGAAGAGGACGAGGAGGAUUUGGAGGAGGAGUGGGAGGGGGAGGCGCAGGAGGGGAUGAGGGAUAUGGAUGAGGAGGAAGAGGAGGAGGAGGGAGGGGAUGGGGGAGGGGAGGCGGGGAGAGAGGGGGAGAAAGGGAGGCAGGGCGGCGGAGGAGGGGUGGGGGGAGAGAAGGGGGAGAGAGGGGGGAAAGGAGAGGGUGUGGAAGGGGAGAAGGGGGGCAGCGGUUGUGCGAAGGAUAGUCCAAGGGAAAAGAGGGCGGGGAAAGAGGAGACGGGGGUGGGAAAAGGGGAAGGGGCGGGGGGGAAGGAGGCGAGAGAGAGAAAGAAGGGGGAGAUGAGGCGGAGGAGUGAGGACGUGGGCGGGAGGUCGGGGGGGGGUGCUGCUGAGGCGAGUAGAGGGGGGAAAGGCGGAGGGGGGGGGGCAGGGGGGGGCGCAGGGGGGCGGGCAAGCGGGAUCUGGGGAGGGGAUGGAGGAGAUGAGGGCGAAAUGGGCGCGGGAGAGGCAGCGGCGGGUGGAUAA